AUGGCCGAUCAAGAAAACUCUCCAUUACAUACAGUUGGUUUCGAUGCUAGAUUCCCCCAGCAAAACCAAACAAAGCAUUGUUGGCAAUCUUAUGUGGAUUACCACAAGUGUGUUAAUAUGAAGGGCGAGGAUUUUGCUCCAUGCAAGGUCUUUUGGAAGACCUACAACGCCUUAUGCCCCCUAGACUGGAUUGAAAAAUGGGAUGACCAAAGAGAAAAGGGUAUUUUUGCAGGCGACAUCAACUCUGAUUAA